AUGGUUGGACUAAUAUUUGGACAUCAUUUUUGACUACAGUAGUGUGUGUGGGAUGUUCCUGUGAGUUCUUUUGGCAGUUGUAGUGUGUGUGGGAUGUUCCUGUGAGUUCUUUUGGCAGUAGUCAUACUACCUACGCGCAAUGUCAAUUUGGCCUAGUGCUAAAUUUAGAUGUUACGUAAUGUUUCGAAGAUAUAAACAAAAAGGUAGCGAUCGCUCUCGACUCCCAUCUAUCGUGAUCACUGGAGCAUAACCUUCUCCCCUGCCUUGUUCUCAGGCUUGAAACCGGAGUGAAAGACGUGUGGGAUAUUCAGCAAAAUGAGUUUUUUUAAGCGUAUAUAUCGCAGAUAUCAACCACAUUGUGAUGAUGUUACACUGAACUGGCUUAAGGAAUCAAACAUUGUGUUUGGUCCGACUACCAGGAAUUUGUUAAGCAUUUUUGAAAAGCAUGAUAAAGGAACUGGAAAGCUUGACAGAAAGUCUCUAAAUGAAGCACUGAAUGGGCUCGACUUGUAUCCAACGAAAACUCAAGUAUAUGAGAUGGUUAAAGUUGGUAGUGAGUGUUCCCAUAGGAAGCCUGAGGACCAUGUGACAUUUGGUGAAUUCUGUAUAUUUGCAACAGAAUUAAUUGAACAGUAUGAGGAACAUAAGUUAGCAUGCCUUUCAAGUGAAGACACGAGCUAUGCUUAUACACAACCACCUGCCCGUCCCCCAUUUUUAUCGUACAUGUCCAGUUUUCAAGUAUUCCUUGGUGGAUCAUGUAACCCAACCACUUGGCGGCGUGAUAUUGCUAUCCCACUUCUCAAGCAGUAUGGAUUGACUUACUACAACCCUCAAGUAGAAGAAUGGGACCCCCAUCUUAUUGAAGUGGAGGAACAAGCCAAACAACUAGCUCAAUUACUUUUAUUUGUCAUAGAUAACACAACAAGAAGUGCUGCCUCGUUGGUAGAGGCUGCAUAUCUAGCAGGGAAUGGUCGUCAAGUUAUUCUAGUCAUCAAAGGUAUUCCUGAAGAAGUUGCAGGGGAAAUAUUAACGCAAGCCAGCACCUCACAGACUCCUGUAACUCAUUCAGAUUAUGAUUCCCAAUGUGAAUUAAGCGAUUUAACUCGUGCACACCAUUUUCUAGUGGAUCUUGUUCAACGACAAUGUCUCCCUAUAUUCGACGACAUCGAAACUGCUGUACAUUGUGCAGCUAAGGUCAUCAACCAAGGAAUACCAAUCUCUGCGCUAGAUCUUAAGGAUGGCGCACAACCUGUCAGGUAUCCUAAUGUUCGAGUUGGACAAAAGUUAAUUAAUACAAAAUGUGCUUUCAAAGAAUUCCAUCAAAAAGAUGUCAGUAAAAUUAGCAUUAGAGAUUCAUUACUUGCUUUGAAGUCACUCCAUCACAAAGAUUUCUCCUUUCCUGCAUACUGGCAAAUCGAAGAAAGCUCAAGAUUUAAACAUGAGGAUGAGAAAUACUUCGAUUUUAAUGAGUUCUGUUGCCUAGCAACAGAGUAUAGAAAUUAUGAACAACCAAUGCAUCCAUUUGCCAGAAUUUAUUCAAUGUUACAAGGGAGUUUGAAUGGUGUCAUGUCCAGGUGGUCACGUCAAAGUCAGCCAUGUGUCCCAGUUUUGAAGCGAGAUGUUUACCUUGGUGGAACAUGUCGAAACACGACAUGGAGGGAGGAGAUAACAAUUCCUUUACUCAGGAACAAUGGACUCUCAAGUUUUAACCCGCAAUUAACAGAGUGGGAUCUGCGUUACAUCGCCAUCGAGGCUGAGGCGAAAGAGAACUCUGAAUACAUGCUGUACGUGAUUGGCAAUUCAAGCCGAGGUAUCGCAUCAAUGGUUGAGGUCGCCUACUAUGUUGGACAGUGUCGAAAACUUGUCCUCUGUGUCCAAAACUUACAGUACGGGUUAAAAAUUGAAGGAGAGCAGCUUACAGAUCGUGCAAUAACAGACUACAAUCGGGCACGCCAGUAUCUUGUAGAUGUCGUCAGCCGGUGUGGCAUACCUAUUCUUGAUGAUAUUGCAACAGCAACUGUUUCACUUAUCGAGAAGAUUCAAGCAGAGAGGGCACUCAAAAGUCAGUGACAGACUGUGAAUGAUUAAUCAAACCAAAGAAAAAAAUGGAUGUAUUCAUAUUUUAUUGCAUGUACAAUAUAUAUAUUGAUGAUAAAUAAGAUUAUUGAAAAAUAUUUAUCACCUUUAUAAAAUAUACUGAUGGAGAUUUUUCUUCAUACUAAGUUUAAUAUCAUGUAAUACAUAUAUUGAUUAUAUAUGUAAUAU